UAUAAUCAACAAUUUAGUUUAAUACUUAAAACUUAAACUAAAUUGUUAUAAAAUAAUAAUUUUUUUUAACAGAAAAUAUUUAAUUUUUUCUUGAAUGUAUACUUACUGCUAGUGUAUCAAUAUCAGGUUUAUUUCGCGCAUGGAAAUAAUUAUGCGUCAAAUUUGUCUUGUGGAAUUAGUCGGAUGUACAUUCAACUUAUGUAUGCUUGGAUAUUAUAUUUUGGUAUGUUCAAACACAUGAAAAAAUGAAUAUGUGACAAAGAGAAAUGCUUAUUACUUUUUCAAAUUCUAUCAAGUUGCACGUUGUAUGUUUGAGCAAUGGCAUGAAGAAAAUACAAAUACUUUAUUAGCGUAUUACAUUGUAUAUACGUCGAUGAUGUUUAAUAUUUUCAUAUUUUGCUACAUUGGUGAACUCGUUACGGAACAGGUAAUUACAUUUAUAUUAUCACAUUUCUUCCGUCAUUUUUUUCCUUAAUAAAUAAUAUAAGAUUAAAAUAUUGUCGAAAUUUUGAUUCUCAAAAAUUACUUACUUAAUUUUACAACAGUGUAAAAGAGUCGGUGAGGCAGCUUACAUUAUUACACAAAUUGGUAUGAACUGCCGCGUAAAACUGUGCUCGGUCUAAUUUUAGUUAUUAUACGAUCGAAUAUAUGAUAGUUAUCAAAAUCACUGCUGGAAAAAUAUAUCAAUCGCAACUUUCGGUAAUGUAAUUAAAACAUCUAUGGCAUACUUGAAUAUGCUUAGAACUUUAACCAUGUAAAUUGUACAAUACAAUUUGCAAGUGGCGGUGCAACAAGUAGUGAUUAUCGAUUAGCACAAUGUCCCGCCUCUCGUGCAAACCUAUCUAUAAAGAAGAAUCUGCGCAAUCGCUACAUUGACUAUUCCACUUACCGCUGAAAGACGCGAUAACAAAAACGUUUACAAUCAGUAUUUCGCGUGCUUUCCACAACGGAUUAUGAUGAUAUCACUACCUGGCAAGCCGAUGUCAGCUUCGUAUCAUUAUAAGGAGCAUCAUGAUUAUAGUAUCCAGCUGAAUCGCUGGUUCCUGAAACCAAUCGGUGCUUGGCCGGAAUCGCGUGCAACCACCGUUGAAAGAAUUCUAUCGAGGAUUAUUCAGAUAACGUGCUAUGUUCUCAUAGCCUUCACAGUAGUGCCUUGCAUGUUGUAUUUCUACUUCGAGGAGCAGGAAUUCGAUGUUAAGAUAAACUCGGUGGGUCCCGUGAGCCACUGGAUCAUGAACGGGAUAAAUUAUUCCUCGCUGCUAUGGCGCGGCAAGGAUAUACGUCGUUGCAUCGAGCACAUGAAGAGCGAUUGGUUUACGGUGAGUAGGAUCGAAGAUCGCGUUGUGAUGCUGAAAUACGCCAGGUUUGGCCGAUCCGUAGCCGGUUUCUGCGCCGUCUUCAUGCACUGUGGUGUGUUCUCGUAUAGCGUGGUGAAUAGUCUGUCGCCAAUGAUUAUCACGAUCGGCAAUCAAACCGUCAUAAUGCGACGAUUACCUUGCCCGUUCUAUAGCAAUCUUCUGGAUACCAAUCGCGAUCCGAUAAACAAGAUCGUGCUGGCAAUGCAAUUUUUGUCCGGUUUUAUAGCAAAUUCUAUCACGGUUGGUGCGUGCAGUCUUGCUGCGGUUUUCGCGACACACGCAUGCGGUCAAUUCGCCGUGCUUUACUCAUGGUUAAGCGAACUGAUCGAUGAAGAAAAGGAGAAACGAUCUAUUGAGUGUAAAUUGGCUAACAUAGUCGAGCAACAUCUGCGUGUAUUAAAUUUCUUAUCAAGCUUCGAGAAAAUUAUGAAUCAAAUUUGCCUCGUGGAAUUAGUUGGAUGCACGUUAAAUUUAUGCUUGCUUGGAUAUUGUUCCAUUAAGGAAUGGAAUGCGAAAAAUACGAAGACUAUAGCAACGUAUAGUAUUUUGUUCAUUUCCAUGUCUUUUAAUAUCUUUAUAUUCUGUUACAUAGGCGAACUAAUCACGGAACAGUGCAAGAAAGUGGGCGAAAUGGCUUAUUUUAGUGACUGGUAUUGUUUACCUCAUAAAACUGCUCUCGGUAUAGUGCUGAUAAUAUCGAGAUCCGGCGCCGUGAUUAAAAUCACUGCCGGAAAACUAAUUCAACUUUCUUUAAUAACAUUUGGUGACGUAAUGAAAACAUCUGCAGUAUAUCUUAACAUACUUCGUACCAUAACUAUGUAACUAUAAUAUAUGUAAAAAAUGAGAGAAAAUUAAAUCACAUACAAUAAGAAAUGAU